AUGGAUGAACUUCGAGAAUCUCAGAAAAAAGUUCAAGAGGCACUAGAUAUGGGCGAGGUUGAAACUGGUAAGGGCUUGAAUCAAGAGCUUGGUCUUGCUAGAGCUGCUGAUACUCGUUGGGGUUCACACUACAAAUCAUUUAAGAACUUCAUUAGUAUGUUUGGCUCUAUUACUGAUGUUCUUGAUACUAUUGUUGUUGAUUCUGAAUGCGUUGAAGAUAGUUGUAAGGCAACAGGAUAUCUUAGAGUUUGUCAAACAUUUGAAAUUGCUUUCAUAUUGCACUUAAUGAGAGAUAUUUUGGCAAUUACAAAUGAGCUUAGUGAAUCCUUGCAAAAGAAAGAACAAGAUAUUGCAAAUGCCAUGUUACUUGUUAAAGUGGCGAAGAAACGAUUGCAAGAUCUGAGAGAGGAAGGAUGGGAUCCACUUAUCGAGAAUGUGUCCACAUUUUGUGUCAAGUAUGAUAUUUUGAUACCUAAUUUUGAUGAGUUCUAUAUUAAUUUUGGAAGAUCUCGACGUAAAGUUGCGGAGCAUACUUUCUCACAUCACUAUCAUGUCGAUAUAUUUUUUAAGAUUAUUGAUUGGCAACUUCAAGAACUCAAUGAUCGUUUUAAUGAGGAGAGAACGGAUUUGCUUAUUGGAGUUGCUUGCUUGAAUCCAGUUGACUCAUUUUCUAGUUUUGACAUCAAUAAAAUAUUGAGAAUGGCUGAAUUAUAUCCUGAUGAUUUUGGUGAAGAUAUAAUGGUUACUCUUAAAAAUGCGCUUGAGACUUAUAUUGUUGAUGUCUGUGAUGUUGAUGAAAGCUGUUUGUUUGGAAGUGCAGAGCCUGCUAACAAUUCUCAAACUACUCGCAACCAGGAAAAGGAUCCAACUAAUGAUCGUGCCCCAAAGCCAACUGCUUCAACUACAAUGGAGGCAUCUUAUUUGAUGGACAAACAAGGAAGGAAGAGUCUGCUGCUCAUAAGCUUUACUAGAAUGAUUGCUCUAUCAUGA